AUGCUGCUGUCUCGGGCGCCCCUCACGGCCAACGUGCUGUUGAGCGGGACCACCGUCGAACUGGAGUGCGACGCAUACACGAAGGCGGAGGCAGACGGGCGCUACCUGCCCAGCAGCGACUUCACGACCCUGGACACGAGGUACGAGAUCACGAACGCCAACGUGAGCUACACCAGCUUGGUUCGGGACGGCACCCAGCAGGUCCGCGCGCUGCUGGCUCGGGCGCCCCUCACGGCCAACGUGCUGUUCAGAGGGUACGCCCUAGCCGGGGCUCUCCCUGCCGACCCGCUGCUGGUGAACGACGUCCAGACCAACGGCGCCAGCUAG